AUCUCUCUCCACCACCCAAUAAUGGCGAGAUAUUUCUUUCUCUCUCUCCUCCUCAUCCUCUCAUCGGCGGCUGCAAUCUCCAUUGACCUUGAUGAUUCAACCGAUAUUUUGAUCCGUCAGGUUGUUUCCGGCGGCAAAGAUGACCAUCUCAACGCUCAUAAUCACUUUUCCCUCUUCAAAACCAAGUACAGCAAAAGCUACGCAACUCAGGAGGAGCACGAUCACAGAUUCUUAGUGUUCAAAAAGAACUUGCUCCGCGCCAAGAACCACCAGGCGAUCGAUCCUACAGCCGUCCAUGGCGUCACGAAGUUUUCUGAUCUCACUCCGGAAGAGUUCCGUCAUAACUACCUCGGAAUGAACCGCGGCCUUAACCUUCCAACUGAUGCACAUGAGGCUCCGAUUCUCCCAACCAACGAUCUGCCAGAAGAUUUCGAUUGGAGAGUUAAAGGUGCGGUUACUGACGUCAAAGAUCAGGGUUCUUGUGGAUCUUGCUGGGCUUUUAGUACUACAGGUGCUUUGGAGGGAGCUCAUUAUAUUGCAACAGGGGAGCUUGUUAGCCUCAGCGAACAACAACUUGUGGAUUGCGACAAGGAGUGCGAUCCACAAGAAUAUGGGUCUUGUGAUUCAGGUUGUAACGGUGGCCUAAUGACCACUGCCUUUGAGUACACACUAAAGAAUGGUGGACUUGUAAAAGAAUCAGAUUACCCAUACACAGGGAAAGAUGGUGUUUGCAGCUUUGACAAGACCAAAAUUGCUGCAUCUGUUUCAAAUUUCAGUGUUAUUUCUGUCGAUGAAGAUCAAAUCGCCGCAAAUCUUGUCAAGUAUGGUCCUCUGGCAGUGGGAAUCAAUGCGGCCUAUAUGCAAACAUAUGUUGGUGGGGUCUCAUGCCCAUAUAUCUGCUCAAAGAGUAAUCUAGACCAUGGUGUCCUAUUAGUGGGUUAUGGAUCUGCUGGUUAUGCACGAAUCAGAUUGAAGGAGAAACCAUAUUGGAUUAUAAAGAAUUCAUGGGGAUCAAACUGGGGAGAAAAUGGUUAUUACAACAUCUGCAGAGGAAAACACAGCAAGAAUGUAUGUGGGAUCGAUGCCAUGGUUUCGAGUGUCUCGGCUAUUCAUACAGGUUCACACUAGUAUAAUGCUAUGUUUUUUAUGGGCAUAUUGUUUAUAUGUAAAUAUUAUGUGGGUGUUUUAAUACUAUUAAUUGCAUCUUAAUGAAAUUAUGUGACGCCACGUAAUUACCACGUCA